AUGUUCUCUUCCGAGCCCCCUUUUAAGGCCAUGGCCACCGAGUUCGCCAAACCGGCACCCAAGGGCACUCCCAUCUCCGUUUCCAUUCCAGGAUCUGAGCAACCAGGUCGCACAGCGGUAUAUAGACACUGGAAGAUUGGAAAUGGAGAGUUGAUGAAGACUUUGGACCCUCAGGUCCGUACUGCCCAUGAUAUGUUUGAAACAACCGGUUGGCGCCCAUGGGAUGCUGCUAAACAAAACUUUGGCCCUUAUGUUUGGAUGGAUUACGGAACGGUCCGGGCGCGACGUGCAGCGAUUGGUGUCGGCCUGGUUGAAUUGCACCGUCAGCUUGGAAUCCAGGACCGGACAUUUGGUGUUGGACUUUGGUGUCAAAAUAGGCCUGAAUGGCAGCUGACUGGCCCUGAGGCUACUGAAUUCAUUGUAAAGAAUGCCGAAUUAGCGUGUGUUGCCGCUUCGCUUCCGCACCUUCCCACGUUGCUUAAGCUGAAACCUCAGCUUCCGUGCUUGAAGAUAAUCGUUUGCCUCGAUCCUUUGGAUUCGAGCGACCAAGCAGGCUAUUCCAAGCGCGACAUCCUCGCGCCUAUUGCCGCUGAUGUGGGCGUGUCCAUCUAUACUCUAGCCGAAGUUGAAAAGCUCGGCGCUUCACUCAACCGCCCAUACAACCCACCCAAGCCUGAUGAUAUCAUCACAAUAAACUACACCUCCGGCACCACAGGUAUGCCGAAAGGCGUUGUCCUGACCCAUGGAAAUGCUGUUUCCGCCGCAGCCUCUUCAUUGGCAACAAUUACUCAGUCCUCCACGGAUGUUUCCUGCUCAUAUCUUCCCCUGGCUCACAUCUACGGGAGGAUGAUUGAGCAAACAUUACUCUGGGCUGGUGGUAGGAUCGGCUACUUCCACGGCAACAUUCUGGAGCUUGUCGACGACUUUAAGUUAUUGAGACCGACAGUUCUUGCAUCCGUUCCACGUUUAUAUAGCCGUUUCGGUGGUGCUAUUCGUGCAGCUACCGUUGAACAGCCCGGAUUCAAAGGCGCCUUGUCAAGGCAUGUUGUUGCUACGAAAACGGCGAAUUUGGUGCAUGCGAAACCAGAAAAUGCCACUGUGAAUCACUUCCUAUACGACCGUAUCUGGAGCAAGAAAGUCGCAGCCGGACUUGGUUUUGACCGGAUGAGAUACAUGGUAUCAGGCUCUGCGCCUCUCGAUAAAUCUCUUCACCAAUUUUUACGCUUGGCAUUUGCUACAACCAUUGUUCAAGGCUAUGGGUUGACAGAAAGUUUCGCAGUGGCUUUGUGCCAGCCAGGUCACGAUUUGACCGCAGGUCAUUGUGGAGGGAUCACCCCUGCAGUGGAAGCAUGCUUGGUGUCACUGCCUGACAUGGAUUAUUCUGUUGACGACAAGCCAUACCCACGAGGCGAACUACUGCUCCGUGGCAACUCUAUUUUCAGGGAAUACUACAAGAAUCCUGAGGAAACCGCAAAGGCGAUGACGGAAGACGGAUGGUUCCGAACCGGUGAUGUGUGCAUGGUAGAUGAGCUUGGCCGUUUUACCAUCAUCGACCGCCGCAAGAACCUUUUGAAACUCGCUCAAGGAGAAUAUGUGUCUCCUGAGCGGAUUGAAGGUAUCUAUCAAAACGCGUACCCGUAUAUAGCCCAAGCCUUCGCCCACGGCGACAGUAUUCAGACCCAUCUGGUUGGUAUCAUCGGCGUCCAACCAGACAUUUUCGCUACUUUUGCUGGCAAAGUCCUCAAUAAGACCUUCUCUCCGACGGAACUGGAUGCUCUUCGCGAGGCUGCAAAAGAUCAAAAGGUUGUUGAUGCAGUACAAAAAGAUCUCGAUCGCGCGGGUCAAAAAUAUAAACUCGCAGGAUUCGAAAGAGUGAAGAAUAUCGCGUUGAUGGUUGAGCCAUUUUCAAUUGACAAUGGCCUCUUGACUCCCACACUAAAACUCAAAAGACCUCAGACCGUUAAAGCGUAUCGGGAUAUCCUGGAUGAGCUCUACGCUACUGUCCCUAGCAACGGUGUCAACGAAAACGAUGUUCUUCGGUCUAAGUUGUAA